GUGUGUGUUGCCGCCUUGACACCUACACCUGCCCCUCGCACGCGCCCGCCUCCGCCUCAUCCCGCCCAAGACCUCCGCCCAGACCCUUCCCUCCGCUGGUCACUGGACGGCCGUGUGUGUCCCUGUCCCUGCCGGCGCCUCAGCCUUGCCUGGCGGGGCGAUGGACGGCGGCAGAGUGAUGCGCGUGGAGGAGGAUGGCGCCGGGCGUCGAACCUCGGAUACCAGUAACAUGAUGAUGACGUCUUCACUCCCGCCAUGCCUGCGCCUCCUCAAGAAAUGGGCGGUGCAGCUGGUGAUCCUGGCGGUGGUGGUGACGGCGGUGGUGCUGCCCAUCGUGCUGGUGACGGGGGCGAAAACCUGCGUGGUGCCUCCAGACAGAAUUCCUUGUGCCAAUAGAGCAACCGAGGAGGAGUGUAAGGAGGCGGGAUGUAUAUGGGACCCCUGGGAUUGCGACGCGCCCAGCUGCUUCUUCCCACCAAACUCCGUUCACGGCUACACUUUGACCAGCGUUGACAACUCAAGCAUUCCGGGCACCACUGUUGCCUUCCUGGAACUCAAGAACACAUCCGCCUCAAUAGUUCCAAAUAUGAAGAAGUCCCUGCGGCUGGAGGUUACGGAAUACAGCUCACAAGUCCUGCGAAUCAAGGUAACUGUGCCAGGGGAGGAGCGCUAUGAGCCCCCAGUGCCCCUGCAGCUGCCGGACCCAAGCACGCAGCAGCAGCGCCAGCCCUCCUACCUGGUGACUUUCGGGGACGAGGGCGGCGACUUCAGCCUCGUGGUGCGCCGCGCGGAUGGUGAUGUGAUAUUUGACACCAGUGUGGGCGGCUUCACCUUUGCCGACCAGUUCCUGCAAGUGGCCACCUUCCUAGCCUCCUCUAAUCUCUAUGGUCUCGGGGAGUCGCACCACGAGUCCUUCAGCCAUGACUUGCAGUACCGCGUGUGGCCCAUGUUUGCCCGCGACCAGCCUCCAGGCCCGCCUGGAGAGAACCUGUAUGGGGUGCACCCAGUCUAUAUGAUCUUGGAGGACACUGGCAGGGCCCACAUGGUGCUCUGGCUCAACAGUAAUGCCAUGGAGGCGGUGACGAUGCCCCAGCCUGGCCUCACCCUGCGGUCCAUCGGGGGUGUGAUGGACCUGUACUUCUUCCUGGGGCCCAGCCCGGCGGAGGCGCUGCAGCAGUACGUCACCGCAGUCGGCCUUCCUGCCAUGCCUGCCUACUGGGCGCUUGGGUUCCAGCUCUGCAGGUAUGGCUACAACAACCUCACCAACUUGCAGGCGGCCGUCUCCCGCACCAGGCGGCGCGGCAUUCCCCAGGAUGUGCAGUACGCGGACAUAGACCACAUGGACCGCCGGCUGGACUUCACUGUAGACCCCGUGAACUUCCAAGGGCUGCAGGAGUACGUGGAGAGUGUCAAAAAGGAGGGACUGCGCUUCAUCGUCAUCCUGGACCCCGCCAUCAACGCUGAGCUGGGGGCGGCUGAGUACUUGGUGCACCAGAGAGCCAGGGACCAGGACGUGUACAUCAAGUGGCCGAAGGAAUUGGUGCCGGCGGACAACUUUGGUGCUGGGGAUGUCAUGCUGGGCUACGUGUGGCCAGACAACAGGACGGCCUUCCCAGACUUCUUCCGCGCCUCUGCCAGGGCGUGGUGGAAGGAUGAAAUAACGCGACUCUUCGUGGACACUGGGCUCCACUUUGACGGCCUGUGGAUUGACAUGAACGAACCGGCCAACUUUGGGACGAAUGAGGAGCAGCCUUGGAACUGGCCCGAGGGAAGGGAGCCCUGGAGCCUCUUGUGCCCCAACACCACCUGGGAGGACCCGCCGUACGUGCCGGCCGCCGUCACCGUCUGGGGCGAGGACAAGCGGCUCUCCGACAAGACCCUCUGCAUGGAGGCGCUACAAGGGGAAGACCAAGAGUACAGGCAUUAUGAUGUCCACAACCUGUAUGGAUGGUCCCAGGCUCAGCCCACCCUGGAGGCGCUGCACGGGGCCACCAAGCAGCGUGGUGUGGUGGUCACCCGCUCAACGUUCCCUUCCAGCGGGCGGUGGGCGGGCCACUGGCUUGGGGACAACUCGGCGCGCUGGGCGGACAUGCGAAAGUCCAUCAUCGGCAUGAUGGAGUUCAACCUCUUUGGCAUCCCGUACGUGGGGGCAGACAUUUGCGGCUUCUUCGGCGACACCACGGAGGAGAUGUGCGCCAGAUGGAUGGAGCUGGGCGCCUUCUACCCCUACAGCCGGAACCACAACACUCUGGGCGCCAUUGACCAUGACCCCGGACUGUGGCCCAGCGUGGCAGCCUCCAGCCGAGCAGCGCUGAGGAUCCGGUACACCCUGCUGCCCCACCUGUACACACUGCACCACUUGGCCAGCACACGAGGCCACGCUGUCGUCAGGCCCCUGUUCUUUGAGUUCCCGGACACCAAAGCAACCUGGGAUUUGGACGACCAGUUCCUGUGGGGGCCGUGGCUCAUGGUGGCUCCCGUGCUGAACCAAGGCGUGGUGAGCAGGAGUGUGUACUUCCCUCCCGGCGCCUGGUUUGACUACCACACUGGCCGUGCCGUGGAGGAUACAGACGCCCGGCAUGAUGUGGAGGCGCCUCUGGGCCAUGUGCCGGUGUAUGUGAGGGGCGGUGGCAUCCUGGUGACACAGCGGCCCCGUGCCAACACCAUGCAUUCCAGGACGGAGCCGCUGGGCCUGGUGGUUGCCCCAGACGACCAGGGGGCUGCGGAGGGAUUCUUUUACUGGGACGACGGGGAAGAGAUUGACCCAGUGUUGAGCGGCCAGUACUUCACAGCAGACGUAGCGUUUGAUGAGGGCGCCAUUCACUGGAAGGUAUCACACGCAUCCCUGGCUGUCACCGCUGCCUUACUGCUGUCCGAUGUGAGGGUGUUUGGGGUGGCCUCUCGCCCCACACACCUGCUGCUUGACGGCAAGAGGUGGACCACUGGAGACUGGCACUACGACUCAUCCGUGAAGACUCUCUCCAUGUACGACCUGGAGCUUCCCGUCACCAGCAAUUUCACCUUGUCCUGGAGCAGCGAGGUCACCACUGCCUUCCUGCUGCCCUGCCCACUCUCCUACCAAGGCAGAACAGACGACUCACCAGUCACCCAGAGCGAGUGCGAGGCGCAGAACUGCGUCUGGGAUGUGUCAAAGGAGGUCCAGUGCGCCAUCCCCCCCCCAGAGCAGUAUGGCCUUGAGUUCGUUGAUGGCGUCGUCAGUCACACAGCCAAAGGUUUCCGAACUCGCCUCAAGCCCCGCGGCGCUCCUCUGUACCCCGGGGGACCAGCGGAGGUCAUAUUCGAGGCCUACCAGUACACCAGUCACAUGCUGCGGGUGAAGUUCUACGUGGAGGACGGAAGUCGUUACGAGGUCCCAGUGCCGCUCAACCUGCCAGACGAGGAGCUGUCCGACCCGCUGUACAAGAUUGUGCUGCCGGAGGAUCAGGGCGCAGGGCAGCCGUUCUUUUUCUACGUGGCACGGGAGGACAACGGAACCAUUCUGUUCGACACAAGGAUCGGUGGGCUGACAUUCACCGACCAGUUCCUGAGCAUCAGCACCAUUCUGCCCAGCAAGAACGUCUAUGGGCUUGGGGAGAAUGCGCACGACUCCUUCCGGCAUGCCAUGGAUGGGAAGGUGUGGCCCAUCUUUGGCCGAGAUCAGGGACCCGUGCCUCAGGCCGGCAAGCAAGUCAACCUGUACGGCGCCCACCCCUUCUACGAGUGUGUGGAGAAUGACGGCCGGGCCCAUGGCGUGCUGCUGCUCAACAGUAAUGCAAUGGACUAUCAGCUGCUGGACUACCCUGCACUCACCUUCCGCACCAUAGGAGGCGUGCUGGACCUGUUCUUGAUGGCAGGGCCGCAGCCAGAGUCCGUGGUGGCCCAGUACACCAGCCUGAUAUACCGCCCCAUCAUGCCUCCGUACUGGGCUCUGGGCUUUCAGCUGUGCAGGUAUGGCUUUGAGACCCUCCAGGACUUGCAGGCAGCCGUCAACAGGACCAAGGACGCCGGCCUUCCCCUCGACGUGGUGUACGGGGACAUUGACUACAUGGACCGCAGGAUGGACUUCACCGUGGACCCCGUGCGGUACAGCGGCUUUGAGGAGUACGUGACACAGACCAAGGCGGAAGGGAUGCGCUUCAUUGUGAUACUGGACCCUGCCAUCAACGCGGAGCUACCAGCGAGCGAGUACCCCACCCACAGCCGAGCCCUGAGUGUGGGGGCCUACAUCACGUGGGCCGCGGACACUGACGCAACACUUGUAGAGCAGAACAACGGAGGCGGAAACUUGGGCAGGGUCAUGCUAGGCUACGUCUGGCCGGAGAACAAGACAGCCUUCCCCAACUUCUUCAGCCAGGCCGCCCAGGACUGGUGGGUUGAGGAGAUCAGGAUCUUCUACGAUGAAAAGAAUGUGAAGUUUGACGGCCUGUGGAUUGACAUGAACGAACCAGCCAACUUUGGGACAAAUGAGCAGCAGCCUUGGAACUGGCCUGAGGGAACGGCGCCCUGGAGCCUCUCGUGCCCUAACAGCGCCUGGGACAACCCACCCUACGUCACAAAGGCAGCAGCGGAGGGCCCCACACACAACAUGGCCGACAAAACCCUGUGUCUGGCAGCGGAGGAGACGCCACACCGCCACUACGACGUCCACAACCUCUAUGGCUGGGCCCAGACCGAGCCAACGCUGAGGGCCCUCCAGCGCGUGACAGGCCGUAGGGGCAUCGUGGUGACCCGCUCAACCUUCCCGGGCAGUGGGCGGUGGGCGGGCCAUUGGCUAGGUGACAACCGCUCCAACUGGACAGACUUGGCCCACUCCAUCAUAGGAAUGAUGGAGUUCAACCUCUUCGGGAUCCCCUACGUGGGCGCCGACAUCUGCGGCUUCUUCGGAGACACGACGGAGGAGAUGUGUGAACGUUGGAUGGAGGUCGGCGCCUUCUACCCCUACAGUAGGAACCACAACACCAAGGGGACGAUAGACCAGGAUCCGGGCAUUUGGGGCACAGACGUCAUCAACUCCUCGAGGAAGGCCUUAGAGAUCCGGUACCGUCUUCUGCCGUACCUCUACACUCUCUUCUAUGAGGCACACUUCCGCGGCGCGACGGUGGUGCGGCCGCUGGUGCACGAGUUCCCAACUGAUCGUCGCACUCUGGCCGUGGAUGAUCAGUUCCUGUGGGGGUCGGCCUUCAUGGUGUCUCCCGUCCUGACCGAGGCCACCACGGAGCGGUGGGUGUACUUCCCUCAGGACGCCUGGUACGACUACUACUCGGGAGCGCCUGUCGAUUUUCCUGGCGAGAGAGUAAUCGUGCCUGCGCCGAGGGACACCAUUCCCCUGCACAUUCGAGGGGGCAGCAUCCUCCCCACACAGCGGCCUGCCCAGAACACAGCCAUUUCCCGCCAGAUGCCCGUGGGACUGAUCGUGGCCAUAGGCUGGGACCGAAGGGCGUCUGGCCAACUCUUCUGGGACGACGGAGAGAUGAUCAACUCGGUGGCGGAGAAGAAGUACUCGCUGGUGGAGUUUUCCUUCGUGCAGCACACGUUAACGGGGGUGGUCCGCGCCAACACCAACGAGGACUUGAAGGGGCUCACGCUGGCCGACCUCGAGUUCCUGGGCGUGGAGAAACCGCCCUCCGAAGUGACGCUCCAGAACGCGAAGAUUCCGGCGGCGAACCUCACAUACGAAGCGGCGUCCUUGAGGCUCCGAGUGCGGGUUCAACACCAGCUCAACAUUGAUUUCGAGCUGACCCUUAGAGAUGUUUGGUUUUACGAGGUGUGAUGAUUGGUCUUUUUUUUGUUGUUGUUUUUUCUAACCUUUCGUCCUCACUUCAUUUAUUUUUUUAUUCCUUUCCUUCCUUGGUAAGUUCCUCCUCCUUCUCUUAAUCUAGUUAUACUCAAAGACUGUUCAAGUACUGUUAACACAUGCACACACACACACACACACAUGUACAUAUACUCGUAUAUCUGUGUGUAAUGUUCUGUCUGUGGUCAAUAAAAAUAUA